CAUAUAUGUCUAUGUCUGAUUGGUAUCUUCCACUUCAAACACAGCCCUACAAAUCUCUCUUUACGCUAAAGACUGAUUCUCACACCAAACAAGUCUGCAACUUUCUCACAACUGCUGACUGAUUCUCCAAAUUUAAAUUUGGUAGGCCACACCAUCAUCAUCCUCCAUUUGCACUCCUGAUUUCACUUCAUGAUUUAGUGUUGUGUUCAUCCUGAAACACAUUCUUCUGCUUGUUUCUUUGGGGGCCCUCUUCUCCACUCAGGACUUUAUUGGUGAGAAAUCAGUAAAGAUGCUUACCAUACAGACUUAUAAUCUUGACAUCUUCAGCAUUUGAAUCUCUACUUGAGGCAUGUAUUUUUUUAUAAUCUUUCAGUUCAAUCAAGAAUUUGUUUUGAUGCUGCCAUUGAAGAUGAUUAAGCAUAAAAUCUGUUCAUAGCUAGUGAAUUUCAAGAAUGGAUAGAGGGAUUCAACCUCCUUUGGUCGAUACAACAGCUUGCUUGUGUAGAGUAGAUGCCGGUCUAAAAACCGUUGCCGGAGCAAAAAGAUUCGUUCCCGGUUCAAAACUCUGUUUACAACCCGACAUCAAACCAUCAAUUCACCCCACCAGACAAAAACCGCCCCGUGACAGAACCCGUAACCAAUCCCCUCUCCUGCCAGGGCUGCCCGACGACCUCGCCAUUGCAUGUUUGACACGGGUCCCACGAAUCGAGCACCGCAAGCUCCGUUUAGUUUGCAAAAGAUGGUACCGUCUCUUGGCCGGAAACUACUUCUAUUCUCUUCGAAAAAACAUACAAAUGGCUGAAGAAUGGGUGUACGUUAUGAAAAGAGACAAAAACCGAAAGAUGACGUGGCAUGGGUUCGACCCGUUGAACCACCUCUGGCAACCGCUGCCACCCGUGCCCAAAGAAUACUCAGAAGCCUUAGGGUUCGGGUGUGCGGUUCUGAGCGGGUGUCACUUGUAUAUAUUUGGUGGUAAAGAUCCCGUAAAAGGUCCGAUGAGACGAGUGGUGUAUUAUAGUGCGCGGACUAAUAAAUGGCACCGCGCUCCUGAUAUGCUUAGGAGACGACAUUUCUUCGGGUCGUGUGUUAUAAACAAUUGUUUGUAUGUAGCGGGUGGUGAGAAUGAAGGCGCGCAACGGUCCCUAAGGUCGGUGGAGGUUUACGACCCGAAUAAGAACCGCUGGUGUUUUGUUUCGGAUAUGAGUACCGCUAUGGUGCCGUUUAUAGGGGUGGUUUAUGAAGGAAAGUGGUUCUUGAAGGGGCUCGGGCCACAUAGACAAGUGGUUAGUGAAAUGUACGAACCGGAAACGAAUGUAUGGACCCCGGUUCAUGACGGGAUGGUUUCGGGUUGGAGAAGCCCGAGCACUUGCGUAGACGGGAAACUUUACGCUUUGGAGUGUAAAGACGGGUGUAAAGUUAGGGUUUACGAUGAGGAAACCGAUUCUUGGAGUAAGCAUAUUGACAGCAAGAUGCAUAUGGGGAACUCGAAGGGUUUUGAGGCUGCGGCAUUGGUACCGUUAAACGGGAAACUUUGUAUUAUAAGAAACAAUAUGAGUAUAUCUUUGGUGAAUGUUGGAAAAGACGGUGCAGCCGAGCAUUUGUGGGAGACGCUAGCCGGAAAAGGGCAGUUGAAGACUUUGGUGUCGAGUUUGUGGUCGAGCUUGGCGGGACGGAACCAUCUUAAGAGCCAUAUUGUUCAUUGUCAAGUGCUUCAAGCAUGAUAGAUCAACAAUGGUGUAGGUUGUUUAGAUGUUUGAACUCAUAGACACACAGUUUGAAUGUAUUUUAUUUAUUUAUUUAUUUUUGUUUUUGAAUGAUUAUAUUGGGCAGGAGGGUUUUUUCUCAUA